UGGUUCCGGGGCAUCUGUUCCUUCCUGCGGGCGGGUCGGCGCAGGCUUGGCCCGACCCGGCUCAGCUCGGUUCGGCUCGGCUGCCCCCGCGGCCCAGCGCAGCAUGUGAGCCCGCCGGGGCGGGGAUGCUCUGGCUGCUCUGCGGCCCUCCUUGCGCCAUGGAGAGCCAGGCGCUGGUUAUCCGCAUCAAGAUCCCCGAUGGCGGGGCCGUCGACUGGACCGUUCACUCGGCUCCUCAGCUGCUCUUCAGGGACGUGCUGGAUGUCAUCGGUCAAGUGCUGCCAGAUGCAACGACAACAGCAUUCGAGUAUGAAGAUGAGGAUGGUGAUCGGAUCACCGUGAGAAGCGAUGAAGAAAUGAAAGCCAUGCUAUCCUAUUAUUACUCCACUGUAAUGGAAGAGCAAGUAAAUGGACAGUUAAUAGAGCCUCUGCAGAUAUAUCCAAGAGCCUGCAAGCCUCCUGGGAAACGGAACAUACAUGGCCUGAAGGUAAAUACACGAGCAGCGUCUGCUAAUAAUAGCAGUGCGGCGGUCUCGGAUUCCCUUCCAAGCAAUAGCUUAAAAAAGUCUUCUGCAGAGCUGAAGAAAAUACUUGCAAAUGGCCAGAUGAAUGAACAAGACAUACGGUAUCGAGACAUCCUCGGUCAUGGCAAUGGAGGCACAGUCUACAAGGCAUAUCAUGUCCCCAGUGGAAAAAUACUCGCAGUAAAGGUCAUACCUUUAGAUAUAACACUGGACCUCCAGAAGCAGAUAAUGUCAGAGUUAGAAAUUCUUUACAAGUGUGACUCAUCAUACAUCAUAGGAUUUUAUGGGGCAUUUUUUGUAGAAAACAGAAUUUCCCUGUGUACAGAGUUCAUGGAUGGGGGUUCUUUGGAUGUUUAUAGAAAAAUUCCAGAGCACGUACUUGGAAGAAUAGCAGUAGCUGUUGUGAAAGGCCUUACCUAUUUGUGGAGUCUGAAGAUUUUACACAGGGAUGUGAAGCCAUCUAACAUGUUGGUGAACACACGAGGGCAGGUGAAGCUGUGUGACUUUGGGGUUAGCACGCAGCUGGUGAAUUCUAUAGCCAAGACGUAUGUUGGAACAAAUGCUUAUAUGGCGCCUGAGAGGAUUUCAGGAGAACAGUAUGGAAUUCAUUCAGAUGUCUGGAGUCUGGGGAUUUCCUUCAUGGAGCUUGCUCUUGGGAGGUUUCCAUAUCCUCAGAUUCAGAAAAACCAGGGAUCUUUAAUGCCUCUCCAGUUAUUGCAGUGCAUUGUUGAUGAGGAAUCGCCCGUCCUUCCAGCCGGGGAGUUCUCUGAGCCAUUUGUACACUUCAUCACUCAAUGCAUGAAAAAGCAGCCAAAGGAAAGGCCAGCACCUGAAGAUUUAAUGGGCCACCCCUUCAUCGUGCAGUACAACGAUGGGAAUGCUGAGGUCGUGUCCAUGUGGGUGUGCAGGAUGCUCGAGGAACGGCGCUCAACCCAAGGACCACAGUGAGCUGGGCUGGCUGGCAGCAACCCACAAAGCAGCAGCUCCUCCUGGACUGGCAGCACCAGCCCCACACUUUGGACUCUUGCUCUCUCCAGAUCAUACUUUACUAAAAAACAUUUUUUUUCUAGGAGCAUCAACAAAAAUCUUUCUGUUGCUGCUUUUCUCCUCACCACCACAUUAAGGAAUCUUCUGCCCACCUUUUGUUGCUGAGCAUUUUAACAUCCUCAGAUUAUCUCCAGUUAAACUGUACACAGCCUUAAAGCAAGUAUUUUGUAGCUCUAUUUUUUGGUUAUUGACUGUAUUGUAUAUUUCCUGCCUCCAGAGUAUUUUUUAACUGUUAAAGUCUUUUGCUAUUGUACAGAUGACAUGGAAGAUUUGGUAAGGAGUCAUUGGCAGGAGUUGGGUCUUUGAGUGCAGACAGCCAGAAAAUGCUGAGUUUAAAGGUGAAACAAACCCAGCCCCCACACUGGUGUGUGCCAAUAGCAUCCACACUCAGGCAGUGCAGAAAGGUUCUUCAGGACUAGGGCAGGGAUAGGCCACACCUUGAGUACUGGGUUCAGUUUUGGGCCCCUCACUCCAAUUGAGGUGCAGGAACGGGUCCAGAGGAGAGCAAUGAAGCUGGUGAAGGGUCUAGAGCACAGGUUUUGUGAGGAGUGUCUGAGGGACCUGCGAUUGUUCAGGGGAGAAGGUGGCCAAGGGGAGACCUCGUUGCUCUCUACAACUGACUGAAAGGAGGUUGGAGCCAGGUGGGGGCAGCCUUUUCUCCCAAGGAAGGAGUGAUAGGACAAGAGGAAACAGCCUCAAGUAGCCCCAGGGGAAGUUUAGGUUGGACAUGAGGAACAGUUUCUUCCCUUUCAGAGCUGUCAAGGCCUGGCCCAGGCUGCCCAAGGUCAGAGGGGAAGUUCCUACCCCUGGAGUGGUUUUAAAGCCAUGAAGAUGUGGUGCUGAGGGACAUGGUUUAAUGGUGACCUGGCAGUGCUGGGUUAAGAGUUGGACUCCAUGAUCUUAAAGGUCUCUUCCAACCAAACUGAUUCUGUGAUUGUAAGGUUUUGCUGAGGUGGAAAGAGGUGAGGUGAAAGAGUACAGUGCUCUCCUAGAUAAGAAGUAGGGGUGCUGCAGGAUGAGCAUGAGCUGGAACUGAGAUGGGCUGUUGGCUUCAGACCACAAAGGGAGAUCAGCUCUGGGCACAGGGAGCUGGCAUACAGCAGCUACACCAGGAAGCUGGGGACCACCACACAGGCUUACCCAGCACCUCACAAGUUUGUAGGGGAACAGAGCCUGCAUAGAGGAACCCAAGACAAACUGUGCCACUUGUCCUUAUGGCCAGAGAACAGGCUACAGGGCUUUGAUUUAAUCACAGCAGUUGGUGGCUUGCUUGGAAGCAUCUUGCUUUUCUCAGCUGUGCCUUGGUUCUGAUGUUGGAGUCGCUGCAGGAUGGGUGCAGCUGAGUCAAGCCAAGCCUCCCAGGUUUGCUGUUACCACAAAAGAAUGAAUGGUCCCUGCUGCAUGGUUGCUGCUUCUGUGUUCUUCACCACAGACUAACACAGACUUGAUCAGUCCUUGGUUUCAGAUGUGGAUUAAAACCCCCAGCAGAGAGGAGAAGAGUGAAAGGGCAGGAGUGGGGCAUGUGACAUGGGUGGAGGAGGAGGUUGGGCCUUCUGUUUGCUUGUCUUUGCAUUAGAAAUAAACUUUUGCUAAUAAAAAACCAAA